UUGAUAAUGACGAGAUUUUCUUACCAUAUAAGGCUUUUAAAUUCAGUACUCCUUUCUCUUAUUCCAUCUAUUCAAACAGAUCUAUCAACUCCUUCCAGUCACCUGAACAUGGCUUCUUCCCCGGUGGAGGAAGGACCAGAUCUGAUUAGCAGGCUCCCUGAUAAUAUCUUGUCGGAGAUCAUCUCACUUCUACCCGUGGAUGAGGCCGUAAGAACAAGCAUCUUGUCUCCGCGCUGGAGGUACUUGUGGAAGUUUGCGUCCCGUUUAGAUUUUGAUCCGAAGAGAAUGAUAAGGCCGAGCAAAAAGGUGCUUUGUCAAGCUCAGAUGCUGAGUAACCGCCUCGGGAUAAGCUCGGGAGGAAGCAAGCUGAAGAAGGAGCUGUUCCAUGCCGUUCUCAUGAUUAACAAGGUACUGAUAUGUCACAUUGGUAAGCUGACCAGCUGCCGAAUUGUACAUUACGCCGACAGCGUCAAGCAUGGUCAUGUAGGUAAGUGGAUCCAGCGUCUUGUAUCUGAGAAAGGGGUAGAGAUUCUGGAGCUCAAAUGCAAGGAUUUUCCCUCUCAUGCAUCCUCUUCUCUGGCGAAAAGAUAUUUCAGUCUGAAAUUAUUGGACGUCCGACCUGGGAUUUUUGCCUGUCCUACUCUGCAUGUGCUCGAGAUGACAAGAUACAAGCUUGAAAACGACCUUCCUUUUACUGGUUGUAAUAACCUCCGAACCCUCAAGCUCAAAUGGAUGUCACUUUCAUUUGAAACUCUCAAUGGAAUUGUGUCUAGCUGCGUGCUCUUGGAGAAUUUGAUAAUUUGUUCCUGUAUCGGGUUCAAACAGCUUAAGAUUUGUAAUCCGAACUUGAAAACUCUAAAGUUGAAGGCCUUGCAGCUGGAUGAGGUCCUCAUUUCCACCAUAAGCCUUGAUGUUCUUGUGAUUGAUACUCUAAAAUGUCAGGCCAGAAAUUUGGUGGUUCAUACCCCACUGCUUCGGGUGUUCCAUGCAUAUUGCAAAGAGAGUAAUGAAGAUAAAUUCUUCUUGCUUGGUCUCAGGGGCCCUCCAAGGGAACGGCUGAAGGUUGCAGAAAUUUUUGAGCAUUGUAGUGGCCUCUUGCCUCAGAGAUCUGAACAUGGAUAUUCUCAACUGAUGGACCAACCAAACACCUUUGGAAAUUUACGUAUGCUAUGUAUUGACUUGGACCUCAACAAUAUAAGGGAAGUGUUGAUACUUAAUAUUGUUUUACGAGUUUGCACCUUUUUGCAGAUACUUGAAAUCAACAUAGAGGACAAUAACAGAGAUGGCGAUGAUAACUCUGAAAAUUCCUCAGCAUUGCCAUAUCCAGUGUCCACAUUAUGGGACAAAAGAGAGCUGUGUGACUGCAUCACACAUAGCCUCAGGGUGGUGUCCGUAAAGGGAUUCGAGGGGAAAGAGAGAGAAAUGGAGUUUGCUGAACAUAUCAUAACAAAAGCCACCAUGCUGGAGAGGAUCACCAUUUGCUGUGCAGAUAGCUGUUCGAGAAAUGGAGCCAUUGCAGCAAUGGGGUUGCUGUCACUGCCAAGAUCCUCCAUCAAUGUUAAAAUUAUGUUGAAACCGGGGCCUGACAACGCGUCAAAGGUUGGUAAUGAGGAUUUUGAUGGUUGGAUUGCAACCCUCAAAUAGAGGCACUUGACAUCGUUUGUGUUUGUGUUUGUGUUUGGGUUUGGGUUUGGGUUUGUGUUUGUAUCGUGCUGUGUGACUAUAGACAUAUAAUUUGGACAACUUCUUGAACCCGAAGAUAUAUGGUACCGUUCGCCAGUAGGAAUGGAAUCAACUGUGUGUUUGUGUUAUGAACCGUUUUUCUCCAGAAAAGAAAAAAAAAAAAUGAUU